AUGUUAUUUGAGGACAGAAAGAUAUGUGAAUACCACUUAAAGAUACAAAACAGGGUUUGGAACCUUCGACCAAACCAAAAUGCACAAUGUCUUCAACUGGUUCCUGUAGUACAUGAUCCCCUAAAGGUGAAUAGUCAAGUGGAAACAAAAUUCUAUCAAGUGAGAUAUUGA